UGUUUUUCUCCAAUGUUCGACAAAUGAUGAAUCAUUUCAUUUUCUCACCUAUAUAUAAACGGUGCUUAGCGGAACGCUACGCAAUAAAAAUAUUUACAUCGUCGCACUAGGAGUGUUGACUGUUGAACGAAUAGCUGUAUUUUACUUAAUCAAGUUUAACUAUCAAGCAAAACUUCUCUCAGAAAACAAAAUGGCCACCACGAGAUAUAAAUGUCUAUAAACUUUAUACUAAAUAUCAACAAACAAAAUCGUUUACAGAAAUGGAGGACCAAGUACCAUUUAAAGUGUACACAUUUUGGAAUGAAAAUGAUAAGCCAGAAGUAAGGAGAUUUGGAAUAGAAAAGAGUGUUGUGACCAGUUAUCACUACUUGAAUGCUAAACUUCAAGAUGUCUUCCCUGGACUAAAAAAUAAACAUUAUAUGGUGUCAUGGAAAGAUGAAGAUGGAGAUGAUGUAGUAAUAUCGUCUGAUGAUGAAAUCAUGAUUGCCUUGUCAGCCAUGGAGGAUCUGGAUCUAGUUAAGUUGUAUGUCAGUUGUAAAGACAAGGUGACUAAGGAUAAUGAUGAGUGUGACAUUGUUGUUACUGCUGUUGCUGACAAUAAUGCUGAUUUCAGUACUUUGCAACAUUAUGGUGUAAUUUGUGAUGGUUGCGAGUCUUCAGUAACUGGUUUCCGCUACAAGUGCACUUACUGUGAUGAUUAUGAUCUGUGCUCCAAAUGUGAAGCAGCUGGCUUGCAUCCUGAACAUUGUAUGAUGCGAGUACCCAUGCCCAACAUGCCCCGCACUGUCAUCAGAACAGCAAUAAAAAGGUCACGAAAUUUCUUGAAAAAUGUUACUUUUCAUCUCGAAGAGGAAAAUAUCAAAAAGCAGUGCCGUGAAAAGAGCAAUGAAAGGAAACGUCGCGGCGAACAUGGGCAUGGUCACCAUGGACAUGGCCGUCGCCACAGUGGCGAUCGUGAGCAACAUCACUCUCGUCGUCCACGUACCAGUUGGCUAGAAACCUUUGCUAGCUAUAUGAAUGAAUUUGCAAACCUUGCUGGAGAUGUGAACAUUGAUAUUGAUAAAAAACCAUCACAGGAUAAAACAAAAGAAAAUACUUCUCAAGCUCCUAAAGAUGAGGCAUCAACUUCAACAGAAAGACAGCAACCUCAAUGUCCAUUUUCAGUGGAAAAUUUGGAUGUUGAGAACAUUCAGAAGCUUUUGAAUUUGUAUUUAAGUGGUUUAAACCCGUCUAAACCUUCUUCAAACAAUGCUGAAAAUCCUCAAAGCCAGCCACAAGGAACCUCCGUCAAUAAUAAUGAUGCAGAGAUGGGUCAAGGUGAUCGUAAAUCGCCAGAAAUUGACAAGGAAAGUCUAAGGUCUGAUGUAUCUUCGACUACUACCAUUGAUUCUAAAAGAGAGGAAACUCCAGAAACAGAAAAAGGAGACAAGAUUGAUGACUGGACUGUUAUUAAUAAUGAAAAAGAUCUAAUGGAUACAAAUGUCAAGAGUGGCACUUCUUCUCAGCCACCAAUUGGCUUCAACCUUCCAGAAGAAUUUCAAGAACGCGUGAAAAUAUCUGAUGGACAAAACCUAUAUCCCCCACUCAAUUUAGCAACUGCUGCAUUGAAUCCUAAAGAACUAGAAGCUCCAGCUGACCCUCCCCAGUCAGUUUCGAGUCAGGCUCAAAGUUCAGCUGACAAAAAGCCACCGUCCGCUCCAGUUGCAGACAAGAAAGAAACUCAACCUAAAGAGCAACAUCACCCAUUGCUUCAUAUUAAUGCAGCUAUUGAGCAGAUGAUGGCAAUGGGUUUCACCAAUGAUGGUGGGUGGCUGACUCAACUCCUCGAGAGUAAGGAUGGCAAUAUUGCCGCUGUGCUUGAUCUCCUUACUCCGGUUAAUACUAGAAAGUAAACAUACAUAAAGUUUCACCUCAAAAAGUUAUAUAUAAAAAUAUAACUACUUGAUAUUAGUUCUUGCCGUUUCAUUACGUUAUAUUUAAUAGUAUAUAGGCUUUAAGAAAAAGUACUUAUACUUGAUAUUUGUGGUGUAGGGAUCACUAUAGAUGACACGUUGAAAACAUCAAAUGUUUACUUUAAAUGUUUAUUUCUUAAUUUGCUUAUUAUUAUUUGUGCUAAUAGCUGUAGAGUGUUGGAUGAUUAUUGAUUUCAAUCUUUUUUAAUACAUGAGAUUGUAUAUACAGGGACAAACAAUUUACUGAAAGGGUUUGUUAAAAAUACUGCAGAUUAUAAUUACUUAGGAUUCUCACAAAGUUUCCUUUGUACAUAUCAUAAUAAUUUCUGUUUAGUUUGCAAAAUCAUAAAACAUUCCAUUUACUUUUUAGAAGUGGUUCUAGUUACACUAUUCAUUGAAUUUUUGUUUCAAUAGUUAUGGUGACGUUUUCAUAACUUUAUUAUUAUUCUUUAAUAGAAUAACGAAAAAUAGCCAGUAUAUAGGCCCUGUAAUUAUUAGGGCAUGAUUCGAAUUUGGUAACUAUGUCUUUCUAUUGUGAUAAUUUAAUUGUGAUAAGUAACAUUGGCAUUGCAUUGAAUUAGCCAUAUGUAAUCUCUUAAAUAAAGGUGUAAUGGUUCAA